AUGCCCGACGACUCGAAGCGCAAGGGCACUAGCUGGGAGACUAGCCCCAUGGACAUCGCGAAGGAGAUUUCCAACGGUCUCGCGGAUCGCGUCGUGAGUGCGAAGCUGAACGGCGACGUGUGGGAUCUGGAGCGGCCGCUAGAGGGCUCCUGCACGCUCGAGUUGCUCGACUUCCAGCACCCGGAAGGGAAACACGUCUUCUGGCACUCGUCUGCGCACAGCCUGGGCGAGACUGCGGAGCGUCACUACGGUUGCCAUCUAUGCAUCGUCCUCCCCCCACGGACGAUGGCUUCUUCUAUGAAAUGGCGAUGGAAGACAGGUAUGGCUGUGCAGAACUCGGACUACUCUGCGCUAGAGAAGCUGUCAGACAUGGCUGUGAAGGAGAAGCAAAAGUUUGAGCGGAUCCUGGUCUCAAAAGAGAAGCUGCUAGAGAUGUUCGGGUACAACAGAUACAAGAAGUAUUCCAUCGAGACGAAGAUCCCUGACGGCGGAGCGACGACGGUGUACCGCUGCGGACCCAUGAUCAAUCUCUGCGUUGGCCCUCACAUCCCACACACGGGCAAGAUCAAGGUGUUCAUGGUGACCAAGAACUCGGCAUCGUAUUUCCUCGGUGAUCCGAACAAUGACUCACUGCAGCGGGUCUACGGAAUCUCGUUCCCGGACAAGAAGCAGAUGGCCGAGUACAAGGUGUUCCUCGCCGAGGCCGCGCGUAUACGUCAAUCUCUCCCUGUGGUCCUCGACGCGUUUUUGCAAGGCUUGGAGCCCAUGCAGUUGCUGGACUGGGCGGACCGCACGGCUUCGAACCUCUACCAAUCCGAAGUGCGCAAGCUUUCAAGGCUGGAUGAGCUACAUUUCGUAGCAAACGCUGCUUCGCCGGAAAAGCUCGAAACGUUCACUAUACGCCAACUUGCGGUGACAAUGGAGACGCACGCACCGCGACUCUGGUGCCUAUUCGAUGUAUUGCUCGAUGCGGAUGACGAGCUUGCAAAACGGCGCGAGAAUCGGCGUGUCAAACGCAGGGCGUCCCGAAUGGAAGAUCCUGCGAAGCGCUGCGCUCUUGUGGACACGGACGAUGCAGACCUUGACGAUGAAGAGGAAGUUUAUUGGGCUGAGAUCGAGUCGCACGCGAAGUAA